AGGAGCGAGGGUGAUGGUGCCAUGCCACGCGGGUGAAGGAGGGCUCCAGUGGGCUGGUACUGGCGCUGGUGUCCAUGGCGUGUGUGGGCGGGGUGGUGGUGGUGGCGCUGACCAUCGCCUGUCUCAGACACCACACUCAGCAGCUGGCCUCAGGGAAACUGGGCCUCGGACCCGAGGGAGGACCAGAGACACACUUUGACUACCAGGUAAGAGAGGACACUUUGUGUGUGUGUGUCCCAAAUGACAGCUUUAUCCCCAUAUAGUGCACUUCUUUUAAACCAGAGCGUUAUGGGCCCAUGUCAAAAGUAGUGCAGUAGAUAGGGAACUGGUAUAAAGUAGUGCACUAGAUAGGGAACUGGUAUAAAGUAGUGCACUAUAUAGGGAACUUGUCUAAAGUAGUGCACUAUAUCGGGAACUGGUCUAAAGUAGUGCACUAUAUAAUAAUAAUAAUAAUAAUAAUAAUAAUAAUAUGCCAUUUAGCAGACGCUUUUAUCCAAAGCCACUUACAGUCAUGCGUGCAUACAUUUUUUGUGUAUGGGUGGUCCCGGGGAUCGAACCCACUACCUUGGCGUUACAAGCGCCGUGCUCUACCAGCUGAGCUACAGAGGACCACAUAUAUAGGGAACUGGUCUAAAGUAGUGCACUAUAUAGGGAAUAGGGUGCCAUUUGGAACCUGAAACACACUUUGACUACCAGGUAGGAGAGGUUAGAGCCUUAUAUGUGGCCUUCAAUAUUAGACUCUGGGACAGGCUAGGCCUCAGUUAACAGGAAAGACUGCGGGGUCUCAAUCGUGGUGAUGACGAUCAUGAUGACGCUUUCCUGCUUCUCGUGGGCCCGUGAAAGGCCAGUGUGUCUAUGGGUGCGGAUGACAACACUAUACACGUCAGCUACUACAGCGAGUGAAAUCACUGCAACACUUAACAAAGAGCUGCAGUUAGUUUCAGAAUGGGUGGCAAGGAAGAAGUUAUUCCUAAAUAUUUCAAAAACUAAAAGCAUUGUAUUUGGGACAAAUCAUUCACUAAACCCUAAACCUUAACUACAUCUUGUAAUAAAUAAUGUGGAAAUUGAGCAAGUUGAGGUGACUAAACUGCUUGGAGUAACCCUGGAUUGUAAACUUUCAUGGUCAAAACAUAUUGAUACAACAGUAGCUAAGAUGGGGAGAAGUCUGUCCAUAAUAAAGAGCUGCUCUGCCUUCCUAACAGCACUAUCAACAAGGCAGGUCCUACAGGCCCUAGUUUUGUCACACCUGGACUACUGUUCAGUCGUGUGGUCAAGUGCCACAAAGAGGGACCUUGGAAAAUUACAAUUGGCUCAGAACAGGGCAGCACGGCUGGUCCUUAAAUGUACACGGAGAGCUAACAUUAAUAAUAUGCAUGUCAAUCUCUCAUGGCUCAAAGUGGAGGAGAGAUUGACUUCAUCACUACUUCUUUUUGUAAGAAGUGUUGACAUGCUGAAUGUACCGAGCUGUCUGUUUAAACUACAAGCAUACAGCUCGGACACCCAUGCAUACCCCACAAGACAUGCCACCAGAGGUCUCUUCACAGUCCCCAAGUCCAGAACAGACUAUGGGAGGCGCACAGUACUACAUAGAGCCAUGACUACAUGGAACUCUAUUCCACAUCAGGUGACUGAUGCAAGCAGUAGAAUCAGAUUUUAAAAAACAGAUAAAAAUACACCUUAUGGAACAGCGGGGACUGUGAAGAGACACACACAGGCACAGACACACAUACACAUGAUAAGACACACACUCUACACACACAUGGAUGUUUUAUUGUAAAUAUGUGAUAGUGGAGUAGUGCUAUAAGGGAACACUCAAUGUGUUCUGAAAAGUGUUAUGAAAUGUAAUGUCAUGUAAUAUUUUAAAUUGUAUAUAACUGCCUUAAUGUUGCUGCUGCCUUGGCAGGAACUAAUGAGGAUCCGUAAUAAACCCCAGGAAGAGUAGCUGCUGCCUUGGCAGGAACUAAUGGGGAUCCAUAAUAAACCCCAGGAAGAGUAGCUGCUGCCUUGGCAGGAACUAAUGGGGAUCCGUAAUAAACCCCAGGAAGAGUAGCUGCUGCCUUGGCAGGAACUAAUGGGGAUCCAUAAUAAACCCCAGGAAGAGUAGCUGCUGCCUUGGCAGGAACUAAUGGGGAUCCGUAAUAAACCCCAGGAAGAGUAGCUGCUGCCUUGGCAGGAACUAAUGGGGAUCCGUAAUAAACCCCAGGAAGAGUAGCUGCUGCCUUGGCAUUAAGGCACCUCUGGGGUUUGUGAUAUAUGGCCAAUAUACCACUCCGCGUUGCAUCGUGCGUAAGAACAGCCCUUAGCCGUGGUAUAUUGGACAUAUACCACACCUCCUCGGGCCUUAUUGCUUUAAUUCUACCACGGCUUUCAGACAAUCAGCAUUCAGCUAGUUUAUAAUAACGUUUUUUUAUUUCCUUUUAGAAUACAUCCCUAAUUUUACUAUGAUGUCUGACGAGGGCCCUGGACCUCCCUAUUUGUAAUAUUUCUACCAAUAUUACCCUAAAAAUAAAUACUUUACCCAAGAGAAUAAUUAUAUUUCCCAUUGACUGAUCGUGGUUUUUCAGAUCCCCUAACAAUACAGUUUGCAGGUCCAUCUGAACCCUGAUAUUAUGACCUAACAACCAUUCCUGGACCUGACUCCAAAAGCGAGCCACCGAUGGACAGUGCCAGAAUAUAUGUUCUAUUGAUUCUGUUUCGUCGUGGCAGAGUCUGCACAGGGCUGACUGUUCAAUGCCCCAUGUAUUGAGCAUUCCUUUUAUAGCAAGUAUUUGAUAUAAUAGCUUAAAUUGAAAUGAAACUAUUUAGACCCGAUGCGUAGGUAAUGGGACAUCAAAGCCCUGUUCCCAACUGACUUGAAUUUUAUGCUGCAUUGCUGUCAAAACUUUUGACUUGAAGUGAUACAUUUUUCGAUUUAUACUAAUCGUUUUAAGCCAUUUAUGUUUUUUUUACGGGUGGCAGGCAGACUAAUUCUUUAGUUUAUUUUUUAAGUAAUUGCCUCUUCCAAUAUUGUGGCAAAGCCACGAUGAGUUGGUUAUCAUUUUGUAUUGAGCAUACAUAUCCAUACUCAGGGAGAAAAAGGUGUAGAGUCACGCGCAGAGCGCGGCACGUGUUUAUUUCACCUUUGCAGAAGGCAGGAAUCGUGGUCACAGGCAGGCAAUGGUCAUACACAGGUAGGCAAACAGGCAGGAGAAUCAAAACUAGGACUGAAGGCUAAAACUGGUUCUCACAAACGAGCUAGGAAAAGGCUUAGUAGAGUCAAAACGAACAUUACCUCACAAGGCACAAACAGAAAGAACUGAAGUAAAUAAGGAGCUGAUGAGACCAGGUGAGUAACUAACACAGGUGAAAUCAAUGAACAAAAAUGAAAGACAGGGCUACGUUCAAGAACACAAAGAGACAGGGCUACGUUCAAGAACACAAAGAAACAGGGCUACGUUCAAGAACACAAAGAAACAGGGCUACGAUCAAGAACACAAAGAGACAGGGCUACGUUCAAGAACACAAAGAAACAGGGCUACGUUCAAGAACACAAAGAAACAGGGCUACGAUCAAGAACACAAAGAGACAGGGCUACGUUCAAGAACACAAAGAAACAGGGCUACGUUCAAGAACACAAAGAAACAGGGCUACGUUCAAGAACACAAAGAGACAGGGCUACGUUCAAGAACACAAAGAAACAGGGCUACGUUCAAGAACACAGAGACAGGGCUACGUUCAACAACACAAAGAGACAGGGCUACGUUCAACAACACAAAGAAACAGGGCUACGUUCAAGAACACAAAGAAACAGGGCUACGUUCAAGAACACAAGGUGAACUAAGAAAACAAAUACAGAACCUUACACAUACACCGUUGUUAGUUGCUUGUAUUACAUUUUACCGUAACAUGUCUCUAUUUAUUUUCUCACAAGUUGUGAUGAUAAAUCAUAAUUAUUGCUGAUGAAAGUGAUUAGCUUCUCAUUUGCGUUUUGUUUAACGGAAUCUCUUUCUGUUGACUUUCCCAGGAGCUCUGCAGGCAGCACAUGGCAGCCAAGACGUCGUUCAGUCGUCAGGAGGCGGUGGGUGUGGGAGCGGGGGGACGGAGGGGGACAGACACGUCCAGGGUGAGCAGUGUGUCGUCCCAGUUCAGCGACGGCCCCCAACACAGCCCCUCCUCACACAGCAGUACACCCUCCUGGAGCGAAGAGCCCGCCCAGUCAAAGAUGGACAUCUCUACUGGUCACAUGAUACUGGUCAGUAUCAGGGUAUGGGGUCAUUAUAUUUCCUACUGGUCAGUAUCAGAGGGUAUGGGGUCAUUAUAUUUCCUACUGGUUUGUAUCAGAGGGUAUGGGGUCAAUUAUAUUACUACUGGUAUGUUUCAGAGGGUAUGGGGUCAUUAUAUUUCCUACUGGUCAGUAUCAGAGGGUAUGGGGUCAUUAUAUUUCCUACUGGUUUGUAUCAGAGGGUAUGGGGUCAAUUAUAUUACUACUGGUAAGUUUCAGAGGGUAUGGGGUCAUUAUAUUUCCUACUGGUCAGUUUCAGAGGGUAUGGGGUCAUUAUAUUUCCUACUGGUCGGUAUCAGAGGCUUUAUCUGUGUCCAGGAAACGGGCCCUCAUUGUUUAACUAUUGAUCAUGGAGCUUUAAACAGCUGGUAUAAUAUGGGGAGGAGAACUCUGUUCUUAACGUUAGUGUUCCUCUCUGUCUCCUUCUCCCCCCCCCCCCCCCCCCCCCCCCCCCCCCCCCCAGGCCUAUAUGGAGGACCAUCUGAAGAAUAAGGACCGUCUGCUGAAGGAGUGGGAGGCUCUGUGCUCCUACCAGGCUGAACCCAGUGCUGCUACAGUAGCACAGAGUGAACCCCACCUGGAGAAGAACCGCUGCCCUGACUCUCUGCCCUGUGAGUCGUGUAUAUACCUCUCCUCUGGUUUAUCCUCCAGGCUUGGGCUGGGAUUUUAACAAGCACAUAUUAACCUGUGCACUGUGUUUGACUUAAAGUGGAUUUCUGCUUGAGCUGGCAUCUGCACAGCGUUCAGAGCAAGCGUGGUCUCAGCAAACGUCAGGGAAAUCGCCUUCAGAAGCCUAUUGCUGUGCGCAGGCCGUUAAUCUGCGUUAGAUUGAAUCCAGGCCUACAUAAUUAUAUCUGCGAUCCUCUUCUAGAGCUCGGUUAGUUACAAUCUGUUCUGUUCCAGAUGAUCACUCCCGUGUAAAACUGAAGGCAGAGAGCAACUCCACCAAGGAAGACUACAUUAACGCCAGCACCAUAGUAAGAUCUCUUACUAGUCUUAUAUCACUGCUCUUACGGUGCUGACGGUAUAGACUUUGUCCUGUGGUUGGCACAGACGUCACUCAUAUCCUCUCUCUGUAAAACCCAGAUUGACCACGACCCUCGACUGCCUGCUUACAUCGCCACCCAGGGACCACUGGCACACACCAUCGCUGACUUCUGGCAGGUCAGUGGCACACACCAUCGCUGACUUCACACGAUACUCUGAGGAACUUUUAGCUAGAGUCAGCUGACCCAAAAUGUUGAAGGAAAGCACUUUAAUAGCACAUGAAUAAACUGAAACUUGCAAAAGAUCAGAACUGGGCUUCCUGUGUAAACGCAGCUAUGGCGACACGGUUGAUUUAGAAGGAAAUUGUGGGCAGUAACUAUGGCCCUAGUCUGGCAUGUCAAUCACAGUGUACACCAGUACAGUCCGGUGUGUGACAGUGGGUCGUUGUACCAUAGAUGGUGUGGGAGAAUGGAUGCACAGUGAUAGUGAUGAUGACUGCCCUGGUUGAGGACGGAGACACUCAGUGUGUUCGCUACUGGCCUGACGAGGGAUCCUCCCUCUACCACAUCUACGAGGUGAGUGGUUUAUAUAUCUAUAGCCAUAGAUGAUUUAAUAUCACUCUGUGGCCUCUUUAACACAGUAGUACUACAAUAUUAUUAGAACGACUGCAGUAGAAUGGUGGGUGGAUCGGCCGCGGCUAUGUGUACCCAUGACUGUGCCAGUCAAUUACCAUGGUUUGAGAGGUAUUUUCCUUCUAGAAAUCAUCUGUACGUACCACAUUGAGUAGUGCUGUUACCGUAAUUAUAGAGAUACGCUAUAGCUCAUUGGGUCUCAGUGCUGGUCCUUUUGUUUUUGCCCUAGCUCUACACACCUGAUUCAAAUCAUUCAAAAUCUGAUGACGAGUUGAUGAUUUGAAUCAGGUGUGUGGCGCUGGGGACAAAACUAAGGACCAGGACUGAGAACCGCUGAUCUACGAGCGUAUCUCUAUAAUUAACACCACUACUCAAUGUGGUACGUACAGAUUUGUAACUCGCUCUGGAUAAGAGCAUCUGCUAAAUGAAGUAAAUGUAAAUGUACAGAUGAUUGCCGAUCCACCCACCAUUCUACCGCAGUCGUUCUAAUUAUAUUGUGGUACUACUGUGUUAAAGAGGCCACUGAGUGAUAUUAAAUCAUCUUUGUUCCCUACCAAGGUGAACUUGGUCUCUGAACACAUCUGGUGUAAGGACUUCCUGGUUCGUAGUUUCUACCUGAAGAACGUGCAGACCCAGGAGACUCGUACCCUGACACAGUUCCACCUGCUCAGCUGGCCCGCCAAUGGAAUCCCCACCUCCACACGCCCUCUGCUGGACUUCCGC